AUGGUCAUGGCUCGCUCUAUUCUCUCCGUCGGCCUCGCGCUCUUCCUCGCUGCAGUUCUGGCUCUCUCCUGCGUCUCGUGCGCUCAAGGCGUCAGAGUUAUUGCAGAUGAUGCGAACAAACUCCUGGCUGGAAUGCGCAAGGCAGAUGACGGCACGCCCUGCAGUCUGGUGUUCAAGCGGAAAGUGCAGGACUGCUACUCACUCUCCCUCGUGAGAACGCAGAAGAGCAUGGACAAGUGCAAGGAAGACCUUCUCGCGCAGAUUCAGCAGUGCGGAGGCAAGCCAGUACGGACCGAGUAUCCUCUGGCAGGAGGAGCAAGCAAGCCUAGUAACUCAGCAAGGCCAAGCGCCAAAAAGUGA